CGUGGACCCUGCUCGCGGCGCUUGCGCAUAUCGGUCGCUGGGCGGCCUGGCAACAGCGGCGGCUCCGAGAAGAGAAAGAAGAAGAGUUAUUUGAAGUUGAAGUGGAAAGGAAUGGAUGUGACGUGACUGAGGUUGCUGGCUAUCAGGUUGUUCAUCACUCAGCGGAACCUUUGUUACAAUGAGGUUUCUCUGGAGACCUGCCUCGGACUGAAGCUUUGGAAUCGGAGUGCGAAACAAUGGACGAAUCCAUUUUGUUGGACCUGCUGGAGUGUCCCGUGUGCUUAGAGCGACUGGAUGCCACGGCCAAGGUGUUGCCAUGCCAGCACACGUUCUGCCGACGGUGCCUGCAGGGCAUCUUAAACUCCCGGAGCGAACUGCGCUGCCCGGAGUGCCGAACUUUGGUGGACUGCAGCGUUGACGAACUCCCCACCAACAUCUUGCUGGUGCGACUACUGGAUGGUAUUAAACACCGGCCGAGGAGGCCGGGUAGCAGUGGGAUCAACGGCAAUAACAACGUAAAUGGUACCACCAGAGUACAAAGCAACGGAGCUAUUUCUGUCCCCAACUGUGGCACUGCGUUGCGGGAUCUUCAGAGCAUUCAUCGAGUGCAGGCACGUAGUCCCCCAGUCAGGGGUAUACCUCAACUACCGUGUGCUAAAGCAUUGUACAACUAUGAAGGAAAAGAGCCCGGUGAUCUCAAGUUCAACAAGGGUGACAUCAUUAUUCUGCGACGACAAGUAGAUGAAAAUUGGUACCAUGGAGAAGUCAAUGGUGUCCAUGGCUUUUUCCCCACCAACUUUGUCCAGAUUAUUAAACCUUUACCUCAGCCACCUCCACAGUGCAAAGCACUUUAUGACUUUGAAGUGAAAGACAAGGAAGCAGAUAAAGACUGCUUGCCAUUCUCAAAGGAUGAUAUCUUGACAGUGAUACGCCGAGUAGACGAAAACUGGGCUGAAGGAGUGUUGGGAGAUAAGAUAGGAAUAUUCCCAAUUUCCUAUGUUGAGUUUAACUCAACAGCCAAACACCUGAUACAAUUGGAUAAACCUUCAACUUCCAAUUCUGGAGGUGGCGAUUCCGGCGAAGGCAGCAGCAGUACCUCAGGGGCUGUGCACAACAAUUCUGCUCAGAAAUCCUUGGACAUCACAAAGAAGAACACCAAAAAACGGCACUCGUUCACCUCGCUAACAACGUCUAACAAAGCAUCUCCGUCAUCUCAAAACCGCCACUCCAUGGAGAUCAGCCCUCCCGUCCUGAUAAGCUCUAGUAACCCGACAGCUGCUGCACGCAUCACUGAAUUGGGUGGACUCUCCUGCAGCGCUCCUUCUCAGGUCCACAUUAGCACUACUGGUUUAAUAGUGACACCACCUCCCAGCAGCCCUGUGAACACAGUAGCUCCGUGUGCCUUCCCUCUGGAGGGUACCUACACUGCUCCUGGGGAGAAUCACCCACCACUACCACCACCACCACAUUCGAAUGCUGUCGUUACCACCUCAGCAUCUACUGCUCCACGGCCAGCAUUGGCACCAGCAGACCAGGUGGCAUAUCCAAGGCCUCAGGCACGACCAAAUAUGUACGUUGCUUUAUAUCCGUACACUCCCCGCAAAGAAGAUGAGCUUGAAUUGCGAAAGGGAGAGAUAUUUCUUGUGCUUGAACGCUGUCAAGAUGGAUGGUUCAAGGGAACAUCUAUGCACACAGGCAAAAUCGGUGUUUUUCCUGGGAACUAUAUGGCUCCUGUAACAAGGGCGCCGGCUGCUGCAGGGCAGUCAAAAUUGCCAGUAGUGGUGACAGCGCAAGUUGGCCGAGGAGUGACCACAGUGGUGCCUGUACCGGCAGUGACGCCCCUGCCCAAAUCUCCCGGCAAUGGUGUAGACUUCAGCAGACCAGUCAGUCCGACCCCGCCGAUCCCCCCCGCAGUGAUAUCAGUGGCCCAUGUACAGGCUACCAAUCCACAGGCCAAGGUUCUGAUGCAUAUGACUGGUCAGAUGACAGUUAACCAGGCUCGCAACGCUGUUCGGACGGCCCAGGGCCAGGAGAGACCGACUGCAGCAGUGACUCCAAUCCAGGCUCACAGCCCAGCUUCCCCCAGCCCUGCCGCCACGGUGGCUGCUCAGCAGGUCGGACCCUCGCAGCACCCACAGCAGGUCGUCAGCCCUUUCUCCGUCGUCACCGCUCCUGCAGCAACGAGACCCACUGUCGCUCUGACCUCGGCAACUGCUGCGGUAACCCCUCCGAACGUCAGUGCCACCACUCUGGAGGGGGAGUCAUUGGGCAUUGCCACCCCAUCUGCAACAGCCUCAACUACUAAUAAAGUUGAAAAGGAGAGCAGAGAAAAGAAGGAGAAGAAAGGUUUCCUGAAACUCCUCUCAGGUGCGUCUACGAAGCGCAAGUCUCGGCCUUCGCCCCCGUCUUCUCCCACUUUAGAGUCUGAACAGGCAGCUUCAGAGACAUUGCUUCAGGGGGCUGUGGGUCCAGAGGUCCCUUCAAGUGUCAGCCACGGCAGAACUGGGUCCUGCCCUGUGGACACUGAGGCUCAAGGGACAGCGCUGGAAACGCUCCAUCGAAAAACAGCUUCUUUGGAUUCUGGUGUUCCCAUCGCUCCUCCUCCCAGGCAACCGUGUUCAUCCAUGGCUUCAGUUCAACUGGAAUCCAAAUCUAUACCAUGUGAAAGGUACAGAGUUGUUGUGUCUUAUCCACCACAGAGUGAGGCUGAGCUGGAACUAAAAGACGGCGAUAUUGUAUUUGUGCACAAGAAACGAGAGGACGGCUGGUUCAAGGGUACCUUGCAGCGUAAUGGGAAAACAGGCCUGUUCCCCGGCAGUUUCGUAGAGAGCAUCUGAGGACCCUUCAUAAAGCAUGCACACACAAUUGUCAACUGAGAGGUUUAUGAAGCACACACACAACAAUCUGAAGCACCGGCUAUUGUGCGGAAUAGCCCUAACAACAGCUGAAAUGGAGGCUUAAGAUAUCAAAAGGCAUCAGCUGUUCGGAUUUACAUUUGUUUUUGUUUGUUGAGUUUCCAGAGGUACAGCAGCAGCACAGUGAAUGUUUGCCAGUGACACGACUCCUAGUGUGUACAGUUUGUGUGAUUAUUUACAAUUCACUCUGUGCCUUUCACUGUCAUUUGUUCUGUCAUCAGCUAAUGCUCAUCGUCUUCACUGAACCACAAACUCUUUGGCACCAUAAUGAAAUCAGCUGUUUACAAAGAGGCUGUAAUUAAGAGAAAACUUUGUAACUUAUUGGAUUAGAGAUUUUUAAGUCCAUGAUUUUUCAUGUAAAGUGAAAGUUCUAUAAUGUCAAAUGUUGAAAAUUGUAUAAUUUAUAAGUGUUUUAUCUGAGAGGGGAAGCUGGAUUGUCUCCUCAUGAUUCACUUCGACAUAGUACCUCUUCCGUACACGGCUCUUUUAACUCCACUAUUGAUUGCUGGUUUAGUGACCUUAUAGAGAAUUGUAAUCAAGGACUUGUGCACGGUCUUGUAAUGUUGUACGGUGGCUAUGCAUGUUGCAGCCAGUGUAGGUAUGUUAUGGUGUUGACCUGUACUGUAUAUUGCAACAGUUUGAGAACUCAGUUUGUAGUUUUGUGUGGAGAGGCCACUACAAAAGACAUGGCAUUAGGCAAACCUCAAGAAAGAAGCUGUGAAGUUGUAAUAUAAAACUGGAAAGCCGUUCAUGAAUGAGAGGAAGUCUCCACUCUAUACUCAUCUGUUCUCAAUCCCUCCUGCCAUUCAUUUUAUUGUGAUCAAGGCCUGAUUCUUUGUAGCUUGCACAGAGGAAGUGAAUGGGAUUGCCAAAAGACCGGCAGAGGUCCUUGUGACAACCUGCUUAGCCCAUGUGACAAUGAAAAUUGAUUUGCACAAGACCUGGGCCUGCUGCCCCUGGUUCAUGGCUCCCAUGCAUUGGUUCACACUGUGAAUGCAAGCCUUAUCUUUCAAGUCCCUGCUCUCAGCUAGCUUAGGUCUGGAGAUCAGAAUUUUGUAUUGAUACACAUGGUCAAGUGGUAAUGGCGCAGAACAAUUUUCCCUUCAAAGUUCUCUCAGCAUUGCAGUUGUCAGUUUCAAUGAUUCUGGGCCUAGUCUCCUCCCCACUAUCACCAGCCUUGUUCUCCAUGCUGUGUCCGAAUAUGUUAGACCCGAGGUGUGCUCCUGGCCAGAGUCAAUUCAUUCCAAUCAUUAAACCUACAGCACUACAAUGGCCAGCACCUUGCUAUAAUGGACGCAAUGUCCUUGAAAAAUAAUGAUGUGACCAACCUUUCUCUUAUGAUUCCUUUAGAGACAUACCCACAAAAAAUCUAUUUGUGUACUUGAAUGAAAUUAAAUGAGUAAUUGUCGCAUACCUUAACCUGGAUUUUUCUCCUUGUAUGUCUGAAAAUUGUUGUACUUGGAGAGUGUGUGGAUAUUUGGCCUCUGCAGAUUGAAGCUGUAUCUUGAUAGAUUCUGAUGUUUCACAGAAUAACCUUAAAAUAUUACACAGGAACAAUAAAUCAAAGCUAAAACCUGACCUGUAGGAAUUUGCAAACCUCAAA